CAGGGAUCCAAAAUUUUCACUGCUCUGGAUUGUGCGCAAGGAUAUUGGACAAUUAAAGUGGAUGAGAGGGAUCAAUACAAACUGGCCUUUACAUUUGGAAAGCAACAAUAUGCAUGGACCCGAUUACCUUUCGGGUACAUAAAUGCGGGUCAUGAGUUUGCUGUGUUCAUGCAUAAGGCAAUGCCUGAUGCCACUGAACGAGGUACCUUAUCCUAUGUGGAUGACAUCCUAAUCAAAAGUACAACUUUUGAGGAGCAUAUUGCGGAACUGAGGCAUGUACUAACCCAACUAAGAAACGCUGGUGUAAAACUUUCUUUACAGAAGGCUCAAUGGUGUCGUACCAAAGUCAAUUUUUUAGGUCACGAAAUCACUGCCGAUGGAAUUAACCCACAGAAGAAGAAAGUGGAAGCAGUGAUCAACACAAAGUCACCUACAAAUACCAAGGAGUUGAGAUCCUUCCUGGGCAUGAUGAACUAUUCACGUAAGUUUAUAGAUAAUUAUGCCGAGAUUACAAAACCUCUUUUGCAGUUGCUGAAGAAAGGAGUAGAAUGGAAAUGGAGUGAAUGUCACGAGCAAGCUGUGAAUGAGCUCAAAACCAGACUUAUCCAGGCCCCAUGCCUUGCCUAUCCAGAAGGUGGAAAACCCUUUUACAUUGAAACAGGCUUCACCGACAAAAGUGUGAGUGCAGUCCUUUUCCAAAAACAGGACAACCUAAACAAGAUCAUCGCCUAUGCCAGCAAGUCCUUGUCACCAGUUGAGGUAAAGUUUAAUGACUGUGAAAAAGCAUUACUGUCAACUGUGUGGGCUUUGCAAUAUUUCAGGAGUUUUAUCCAGGGCGAAAAGAUCAUUGUGGAAACCGCACACCAACCCCUGCAAUAUUUGCAGAGUGAUAGAAUCAAGGAUGGGAAUUUAUCAAACAGCAGGAUAACCGCCUGGACAAUGUCCUUAAUGGGAUGGCCAUUGGAAAUCAGGUACAAACAAAAUAAUAAGAAUCCAGUUGCUCAAGGAUUAGCCGAACUGCAUGAUUGUUCCAAUUCAGGACAUGAAGGUGAAUUACCACAAAAUGAUUUCCUGGAAGAGCAAUCUUCAUCUCCAUAUAAGUCUUAUGAAGAGGAAUACUGCAAAUCCUUACCAUGUGUAUAUGUUGAUGGCUGUUCUUUCCAUACCGAUAUAGGAACUGAACGCACAUUGGUUGCAGGUGUCGGAAUCGUAUGGAAUAACACAUUCCCAGACAUGUCCGUCGGAUACAAAAUUGGUCCCAAAAGUAGCCAGUUCGCGGAGCUCACCGCUGUGUAUAAGGCUGUACAAAUGGCUAUUGAUUCUGGUCUUAAAGAGUUUGUUAUAAUCACAGAUUCUAAUUAUGUUCACAGUAGCUUCGUGGAAUACUUCCCUGGAUGGAAAAGGUCUAAUAUGGCAAGAAGUAACAAUAAGCCUGUCAAGCAUGGUAAAAUGUUCUGUAAGAUCGACGAGAUGGUUACCACCCAUGGACUCACCAUUUACUGGAAAAAGGUAAGAGGUCACUCAAAAUCUCCAGGUAUAGAUAAGGAGGGGAAUGAUUUGGCAGAUUCCCUCGCUAAACAAGCAGCCAUUAAUGGAGAAGUUUUGGACGUGGAUGACCUCAUGGGAACUAUCCAAGUGGAUGCAAUGACAAGAAGACAGGCCCAAAAGGAAACCGAAGCCAAUGUGGCCCAAUGGAGCCAAGAUUCCCCAAGUGAGGACCUUAUCGCGAGUCAAAAGGGGGAUCCAGUUAUCGGUAUGUUUUACAACCACAUUGAAGAUCCACAGAAUUGUCCCGUCACUAUGGAAGACUGUGCAGGCAAAGAAGAGUUACGAAUUUUGAUGAAGGGUAAGUCCCAAUUCUCGUUACAGGAUGGAUUGUUGGUAAGAACCUCAAAGAAUGGUAUCUCACAAUGGGUAGUACCCACAGCAUACCGAGGUUUGAUGUUACAACACGCCCAUGACGCCCCAACGGCUGGUCAUCGAGGUGAGAAGUUAACGUAUGAAUUAUUACGGGAUUAUGCUUAUUGGCCUCAUAUGUUGCAAGACGUUCGCACAUAUUGUCAAGGAUGUUUAAUAUGCCCUCAAUUCCAGCCGCAAGCACCCACUCAUCGGGCACCGCUGAUGAAAAGAGGGAUGUCCAUGCCAUGGUCAGAUAUCCAGAUUGACUUUAUUGGACCAGUAACAACUUCAUCAAAAGGCAACAGAUAUAUGUUAACCGUGACUUGUCUAUUCACAAAAUGGGUAGAAUGUUUGCCUUGCAAGACUUGCAGUUCAAGUGUGUGUGCGUCUCUACUCAUUAACCACGUGUUUUCCAGGUUCGGUCUUCCCCAACGCAUCGAGUCCGAUCGCGGAAGUCAUUUCACUAGUGAGGUGAUGACAAAAACGUGGGAGAUACUAGGAGUAAAAAGGAAGCUACAUAUAGCUUACCGGCCAGCCUCUAGUGGUGGAGUGGAACGCUACAACCAAACAAUUGUCAACAUUCUAAAGAAAUUUGUUAAUGAAUCCGGUAAGGACUGGGAUGUAAAGUUGCCUCUGGUUCUCAUGGCCAUAAGAGCCACUCCAAGCACAGCAACCAAACUUUCUCCCUUCGAAAUGAUCACAGGAAGGAAGAUGGUGUUACCCCAGCAUUUACUCUACCGGACAACAGACCAAAAUUUGAUAAAUGCUUCAACAGCCCAUCAGUACAUAGAGAAUCUACGUAAGCACCUUCAACAUGCUUUUGCAUUUGCCCAGAAGAAUCUGGAGAAAGCAGCAGUCACAACUUCGCCAAAUGGAAGGAUUGCCGGAUGAUGAAGAGUAAAGAGAUAACAAGGUUCCAGCUAAAGACGGAAACCCAGGAUUGGUGCAAAAUGGCACGGAGGGUUGUUGCCGUUAUCUACAUCGUCCUGAUCUUGGGGAAGGAGUUCCAGGCCGAGCCGAUUGCUGUACCAGGCCCUUCAUCUGGGAUCAUGCUACAGGAUACCACGGGAUUCAUCUUGACGAAU